GUCGUCGCCUGCCUGUGCCUGCUGGUGGGCUUCUCGCUCCAGGUGGACGUGAAAAGUGAGAAAGAAGCAGGGAAAGCCGGGAAUUUCAUGGAAGAUGAGCAAUGGCUGUCAACCAUCUCCCAGUACAGCCGUAAGAUCAAGCACUGGAAUCGCUUCAGAGACGAAGUCGAGGAUGACUACCUCAAAAACAUGGAGGAGAACACGGGUUCUGAUGAAACCGUGGACACCACCAAGGACCCGUGCCAGAAUGUGAAGUGCAGCCGCCAUAAGGUGUGUGUCGCUCAGGGCUACCAGAGGGCCAUGUGUGUCAAUCGCAAGAAACUGGAGCACAGAGUCAAACAGUCGGGGCAGCUGGAGGCUCAUGACAGCAGCUGCAAGCCUUGUCCUGUGGCUGCCUCCUCACCUGUAUGUGGCUCUGAUGGACACAACUAUGCCUCUGAGUGUAAGCUGGAGCAGCAGGCCUGCCUUGCAGGCAAAGAACUGAGUGUGAUGUGCGCAGGAUUUUGCCCCUGCGCCACAGCCUCUGUUACACUCACAAAUACUGACGCAAAACGUGAGAGCUGCACAGGCCAGGACCUGGCAGACCUUGGUGACAGGCUGAGAGACUGGUUCCAACUCCUUCACGGAAACGCAAAGCAGAAUAACUCUGGCAAGCUCGGAUCUGGCACUGCUUCAGCUUUGGACAAGAGCCUGGUAGCCAGCUGCAAGGACUCCAUUGGCUGGAUGUUCUCAAAGCUGGAUACCAACAGUGACCUGUAUCUGGACCAAGCUGAGUUGGCUGCUAUUAACCUGGACAAGUACGAGGUCUGCAUUCGGCCCUUCUUCAACUCCUGCGAUAGCUACAAGGAUGGGAAGGUCUCGACAGCGGAAUGGUGCCUCUGCUUCUGGAGGGAAAAGCCACCGUGCCUUGCCGAGCUGGAGAGGAUCCAAGUGCAGGAGGUGGCCAAGAAGAAGCCUGGAAUGUACAUUCCCAGCUGCGAUGAGGACGGCUACUACAGGAAAGUGCAGUGUGACCAAAGCCGAGGUGAGUGCUGGUGCGUCGACCAGCAUGGUGGAGAGAUGAUGGGCACCAGAAUCCAUGGCAACCCUGACUGCGAUGAAGUGGCCGGAUAUUCUGGAGAUUUUGGGAGUGGAGUGGGCUGGGAGGAUGAAGAGGAGAAGGAGGCAGAAGAUAACGGGGAGGAGGCGGAAGAGGAGGAAGAAGAUGAGGGUGAGGCAGACGAUGGUGGGUACAUCUGGUAG